AUGAGUAGUGGACGUGACACUUCCCCUCAAGAGCUAGGCGAGUAUGCAUCCGCCGAUCCUACUGCCAGCGCGACAAUCUUUGCAAAAACUCCCUCUACUGCUUCGAUUAAAUCUCUGGAGACAUUUCCUGAAGGAGGCUACCAAGCGUGGUCGGUUGCACUAGGAUCGUUUCUAGCUCUCUUCUCCACUUUCGGCGUGGUAAACUCCUUCGGCGUCUUCCAAGAGUACUACCAAACGACAUUGCUCACGAAAUCAUCGUCUUCGACAAUCUCGCUCAUCGGAGCCUUGCAGUUGUUUCUUCUGUAUGGACUUAGCCCCUUCGUUGGUCGCAUAUUUGACGCCUACGGAAUUGAGAUCAUCUUACCACUAGGGUCCUUUCUCACCGUCUUCUCCAUGAUGAUGACAUCUCUCUGCCAACCUGAGCAGCCGUAUCAGUACUUUCUAACACAAAGCUUACUUUUUGGCGUCGGAAACGCGUUGGUAUUUACGCCAUCGCUAGCUAUAGUGUCCCACUGGUUCCGCAGGAGGAGAUCCCUUCUGAUUGGCAUCAUUUCAUCCGGGUCUUCUUUGGGCGGGGUAGUCUACCCACUGAUAUUCCAGAAUCUUAUACGCAAGACAGGAUUUCCCUGGGCAAUGCGUAUCGCUGGCUUUGUGACACUGACAUGUCUUUCGGUAUCAUGUUUGACGAUGCGUACAAGGCUGCCGCUACUUGGCAAUAUGUCGUUAUCAUCUGCAGUUGACUUGAGAGGUUUCAAGGAUCCUAAAUAUACCCUCAUCUGCGCAGCGGCAUUUUUAUUAUUCUAUGCGCUAUUCAUUCCGUAUUUCUACAUUGAGACCUACGCAAACUACCACGGGGUUGAUCGCACGCUAUCAAGAAACCUGCUAGCGAUCCUGAAUGCCUGUGGUAUGCCCGCACGAAUAAUUCCUGGUUUGUUGGCCGAUCGCGUGGGCCCCCUAAACGUUCUUAUCCCCGCCACCUACAUAUCCGGGAUCUUGGUCCUAGGAAUGUGGCUGCCAUCCCGCGGUGCAGUGCCCAUCACCCUUUUUAGCGCACUUUACGGCCUAUUUUCCGGCGCUUUUGUAUCGCUUCUCCCAGCGUAUAUCGCUACUAUCGUCCCCAGAGAAAACUAUGGAGCCCGGCUUGGGAUGGUCUUUCUAGUCAUUGCCGUCGCCAAUAUUGCUGGUACCCCGACUGCUGGCGUAUUCCUUCCCGUAGUAGAUCAGGCACAUUUCAACGGAUUAAUUGUAUUCACUGGGGUCUUGGUUUUCUGUGGGGGUUUAGCUGCCUCGACGAUAUUGGUGUUUUGCAGAGGCAGUUAG